ACAUGAUUUUCUCUUACGACGAGUCGUAACCGGUACAUAAGUCUCCCGUAAGAUUCUCGAAUUACUAUAUAUAAUAAAAGUUAUGUACAAGUCACCCGCGUUACUACAUGAAAGGUUCUUGAAGUAGUAAAUAUCGAAAAGUGCACAAGUUUCUCGUAUCAGAAAGGUUUUCAAACUGGUAAACGGCGUGGCUAGUGUUCUACAGAGCUUGAAAGCGGCAUCAGCAAGAAUAAUAGAAGAUUGAGGUGUAUUUGAUUGUAUUGAUUGAAUGGGGUGCAUUUCGUCGAAAUUCAUAACCAAGUCAUUGAGUUUUAGGGAAGAUCAUAGCAAUCGAAAAAGGGGAAUUAAUGGCUUGACAGUGCUUGAUGAAUUGUUUACUUCUGAUGAUGGGAAUAGUGGUAGCAAUGAUCAUCAAUUUUUCGCGCUUGUCAGUAAACUCCGGACUGGGGAUUUUGUUCCGAAAAAAAGUCUGGAGUCUAAUGAUAAAGAGACGAUUAAUACAUGGGAACUGAUGGCUGGCCUCGAAGAACAAGCAGAACAGAAGGAAGAUGAAAAACUGUCGUCUGUUGCACAAGAAAUAAUGAACUCGAAGGGGGUUGAACUUGACAAAUUGAAGCGUUCCAAGAGUUGUGAAAUAAUAAAUCUGGCUACCGCUUUUGGGCUCAAUGAUGAUCAAGAGAACAAGGGCGUGGGACGGUCUAGAAGUUUUCACACGGUAGAGGAGUAUGAUGCGAUGAUGGAAAGAAUAAUGUUGUCUGUGCAUAAUGAUGAAAAUGAUCAGUAUAUGAACAAUGAUGUGGCUAAAUUUCAAGAAACAGAUCAGUCUAUUUCUUCAGAACCGGAUAUCAAAGAAGUGAUCCCAAGUGUUAGUAGCCAAAGUAUCAAUACGGAUGGAGGUCAAGAAACGGACACUUAUGAUGCAGGCUUGAAAAGAAAGGCCUUAUCAAAAGGGCUAUCACUUCAGAUUCCAUCUGCAGCUGAGUUCCGGAAAACAGGAAGCCUGAAAGAUUGGCUUCAGAACGGAGGAAAUGCUGGCUCUCCUGGAGAAUAUGUGACACCUAAAUUUGGUAACUACAAUAAACCAAAAUCUAAAUUAUCUGAAGAAUACAGAGAUGAUUCCAUCUUCAAUCCAGAGCUGGUGGCUGCGUUUGAAGAGUUUUUGGAACGACUAGAAGUUGAAGAAAACAGCGUACUUGAACAAAUUGAAGGAAAUCGCAAUGAAAUCACAGCCACUGAGUGAUUAGCACAAGGAGUUUUGUCAAUCUGAAGACUUUGAAUAUUAAACAGAAGUGAAAUCUAGUUGGAUAAUAUGUACUUGCUUUCUCAAUUUAGUUUUUUCGUUCUUCACUUUAGAACCCGAAACUUGAAUGAAAUUAAAGAUUAAAUUUGGAUUGUGA